AUGACUUUCCCAACGGAUCCGCCCGAAGCAUUGACGAUUGUGAUUGUUUGGCAUCUCGCUUUCACUCAAGCAGCUCCUCAAAGUCGCCCAAACCUUUAUACACGUAAAUCUGGUGCCCAUUGGAAAGCUGAUUGGGAUCCAAAGUCGACCCCUUACCCUGCAGCACGUCGUGAUGACAUAAGCUUCUCCUAUCAAUCAGCAGCAGCCCAUGGCAAUGUAACAAUUGCAGAUCCGUACAACUAUCUCGAAAAGUCAGCAUCAUCAUCAAAAGAAGUGCAAGAUUUCAUUGAUCAACAGAAUUCAUUCUUCAAGACGUACCAGCAACGAAUCAAAGACACAGAUGCAAUUCGUGCUUCAAUCAAAGAUGCAGGUCAUUAUGACGAGCUCAGUUAUCCGGAAGCAUACGGCAGCAGCGACAAUCCGCUAUACGUAUAUACUCACAAAGAGCUAGGAAGUGAUCUGAAAUCGCUUUAUGUUGCAACAGAGGCCGAAAUCGAUCAAGCAGUAAAGAACAAAUUUUCACCUUUGCCCGGCAAAAAAGUACUUGAUGAAUCUUCUUUGGACAAAAACUUUCUCAUCUUUGAUCAAAAUAUUUCACCUGAUGGCAAAACCCUUUUGUAUCGUCUUCAACAAAGAGGCACGAACGAUCUUACAACAGUACACCUUGUAGACAUCUCUGGACUUCAUGAAGGCAAAGACGCAAAAUCAUAUCCCGAGCAAAUUUCUGGAAACCAAGACAUUCUCGAUGGGUAG